UCAUUGAAGUGUUUCAAUGGAGCAAGUCGAAGAUGAGCCUGGAAAUAAAAGAGCAAAGUGAGGUGUCUCCAUUUUUAUCGGAUGCUGCCAGGAGUGCAGCCAUCGACAACAAGGAGAAAGAGAUUAAGGAUGCACAGCAUGAAAAUGAUGAUAUUAUGUGUGGCUUCUGGAUAUUUAAAGGACCGCUUCUACAAAGAUUCGCCACGGAAACAAUGUAUGUUACAAUAUAUGGCGUAUCUGGCUGUUUUAUGGCUAUGUGCUUUGCCUAUUUUAGUGGCACAAUCACAACACUGGAAAAACGAUAUAAGAUACCAACGAAAACCUUGGGUAUUAUAUCGGUCGGUAAUGAUAUGACCACAAUGUUUGGGUCAGCCUUGAUAGGCUAUUAUUUGAGGAAAGUUCAUCGCCCUCGCUGGAUGGGCAUAGGUCUGUUUACAAUUGUUAUAUUCUGUUUACUGAACUGCUCGCUACAUUUUAUAUAUGGUGCUGGCGAGGAUGCUUUAAAGCUCACUCGCGAGUUUGGCGAUUUGCAAAAUAUCACUGGAAAUUUAACAGGCUCACAUAAGGAUCAAAAACUAUGCAUGUCUGAGGAAUCCACUUGCAUGCAGGAGAAUAGCAUCUGGGGACCUCAACUAAUCUUGUUUGGAGCACAGUUCAUAUUAGGAAUUGGGCAGGCACUCUUCAUUGUAAUAGGCCUUGCCUACAUGGAUGAUAACACCACCAAGUCCAAAACGCCAGCCAUGCUGAGCUUCUCCACUUUUCUGCGCAUGCUGGGCCCGGCUGUCGGAUAUUCGCUGGCCUCUGUGUGCCUGCGUUGGUAUAUAGACCCGACAACGGAGCCUCUAAUCAAGCCCGAAGAUCCGAGAUGGCUGGGAGCCUAUUGGAUCGGCUGGCUCAUUUUGGCAGCCAUCACAUUUCUAAUCGCAUGCUUGAUGACUCUGUUCCCAAAGGAACUGCCCAGCACGAGGGCGAGGCGCUUAAAAUGCGAGAAAGAUGACAUACAGAACCCAAUGGACCAACAGAUGGACCUAUCAUUGAGCGGCAUGUGGUGCUCCCUCAAACACUUGGCGACAAACAAGGUCUAUGUGUACAAUACUUUUGCAUCAAUUCUUUACUUCUUCGGAUACAUGGUUUACUGGAUAUUCACACCGAAGUACAUUGAGACGCAAUAUCAGCAGUCGGCAUCCAUGGCAACAAUGGCUACUGGAACCGUUGCUCUCGGAUUCUCUGCUGGGGGUGUCCUUCUCUCUGGCUACAUUGUAUCCAAGUAUCAGCCGAGCGCUCGUUCUAUGGCUGCUUGGAAUGCCAUUGUUGAUUUCCUUACCGUUGCUGGAAUUUUGUGCUAUGUGGUUAUUGGCUGUGAGGGCAGCGACAAGUUAAGCUCCAUGGCGGUGACCAGUGCAGAUAGCUGCAGUGCCUCCUGCCACUGUGAAUAUGUACACUAUGCCCCGAUCUGCAGUCCCAACAAUGACACCUACAUAUCCGCAUGUCACGCCGGCUGCACCGACAACACCAAGGAUCAACUGGGGCGUACUUUGUAUACGGGAUGCCAAUGUAUAGCUCCAUCGAACUCAACAUCUGUCCCAGAAUUGCAAUACGCGGUGGACGGUCCUUGUCAUGUUGAUUGCUUCAAUCAGUUUCUCAUUUUCCUGGCCGUCAUGUGUUUCCUUAAGCUUGUUGGUGCAAGCAGUAAGUCCACGAAUCUGCUAAUUGCCUUGCGUUGCAUUCCGCCUGAGGAGAAGAGUUUUGCCUUGGGAGUAGGCAGUAUGGUGGCAUCGUUGCUAGGCUUUAUACCCAGUCCCAUUUUUUACGGCUGGCUCAUAGAUAAAUACUGUUUGGUAUGGGGCAAGACGUGCAGCAAUAAGGGCAACUGUUGGCUGUACGACACACAAGCGUUGCGAUAUACUCUCAAUCUUUCGGCAGCGUCAUUUAUCGUCUUGGGCGGCUUUAUGAAUAUCGCUGUUUGGUAUCACGCCAAGAACCUAAAAAUAUUUGAUGAAAAAAAGGAUUUAAGUGGCAAAACGAUGAAGAGUUUGGAAGAUAUUACCUUAAAAGAUAUGGGAAGUACACUUCAGUUACAAAAAAUUGAUAAAAACUAAACGUUGUCAUUUGAUGUCGACAACUAUAAUAAAGUUCAUAAAAUAAUGUUA